GUGAGAAUGGAAAGUAUGAGUUGCUCCAACAUUCCAUCCAUCAUCAUCCACUCAUUCUCACUCAAACAGAUUAUGGUGUAACAUGUUAUGGCUGCGAGGAGGCUAUCUUCUCCGGAGAGACGAUCUACAGAUGCAAUGAAAAGUGGUGCCAGUACGCUAUGUAUUUACACGAAGGAUGCGCAGAAAUGCGGCGAGAGAUCACUCACGCCUUCCACCCUCAACACUCCCUCAUCCAACAACUAGUGGGUUGGGGUUCCAGUCCCAAAUGUGCAGUAUGUGAAGAUUGGAUAAUAGCGAUUGGCGCGCGCACAGCAUGGACAUGAUGGGCGAGCGCAGCAGCUUCACCAAACAUCCCAGCCAUCCACAGCAUCACCUAAAGCUGCUGUGGAGGCCAGGCCAUGGCGCCUCCAUUAGGUGCGAUGCCUGUGGAGUCAUACACAGGGGGAACUCAUAUAUCUGCACCGUUUGUCAAUACAUCAUCAACGAGACCUGUGCUGCCUUGGCCCCCCGCUCUCCCUUGCUUACCGUCUUCCACUUCAAUAUAUCAAAUAUGUUGUCCAUUUUAACUGCGCCUCCGCACUAUCUCAUCCUCCCCUCAUCAAGAGCAACAAUGAUGGAGAUGUGAUUGUGUUUCCCACAAAUGAGGCAGCGGAAGAGGUGAUUGGAGCUUUUGAUUUGUAAUGAUAAUGAGUUGGUGGAAGGCAAAUAUAAACUCCGUAACCCUGAUCACCAGUUACGUUUAAUCUCGUCAUCGCCAAUGCACGAUCAAGAAGAAGAAACUAAAGAUGAAGAAAGUUGUGAAGAUGAAGAUGAUCUUAAGGAAGUCGAAAAUAGGAGUAUGUGAUGAAUUUCAGCGGCAAAUACAUACAUAAGUUGUGGUGAAUGCAAUUACUUUCUCCAUUUAGCUUGUUUUCAAUAACCAGCGGAGCUGAGGCGUCAUCGACUCCACCCCCAACCGGAUCUUAACCCUCCCAAACUCGACUAUGUUGAGUUGAGUUGAGUACAAAUGGGCUCUUCUACACCAUCAAACUCAGAGCUCACCCAUAUCAUCUCAAUUCUCAACCUGCUCACUCAAGAGGAGACGAGGGAUCAAAGCUACACUUUUCCCUUCUUCACCUUCACCUUCACCUUAUUUAUAAAAGUUUAUUGCUCAACUAUAUUUUGGCAUAUUUGCUUCGAAUUGUCUGAUAUGACUUGUAUCACUCACUAUGAAAAGUCAUCGUAACGCACCCUAUGUGUCAUCACUAAGGUAGUACAGUAACUAAUAACAUCCC